GGGGUGAAGAAGCUGGAGACCACUGACAGAGCAGAGAAGAGGCAGCGAGAGAAGCCCGUUAGUUGCUACUUGAUAAGCAAGCAGCUUGCAGCGUUUGCAGUCAGAAAACAGAGCAGCAAGCAAGAGGAAGAGUAUCAAAACCGAAGAAGACUGAGUUAAGCAAAAGGUGCAAGGAUAAAGGCGAGAAUAGCGGGAACGACUUUUGGGGGAGGCAAGGAGUAGCCAGGCUGAGCUGACUUCCCCCCUGAGGAGGAGUUGCAGUUGCCGGCCAGGGCAGGUCCCGGUGCUGGCAGGGCUGGCCCUACUGCUUCUCCACCUCCAUUCCUUUCUCCUCUCUUACUCCUCCUUUUCCUCCCUUUAACCAUCCACCAAACUGCUGUGCAGUGAUGAACUUGCAGGCAGAGCUCAUGAGCAACAGAGGAAUGCUUAGAAAAUCCAGCCAAAUGAACUUCUGUGCUUCAAGUGAGGGAGACUCGUGAGGUUGAGCCUUCGACAGGAGUCCCACUGCAGUACAGACUCUCACCCUUUGUCUUCUCAUCCAUUUUUGUUGCACUCACUGGUUGAGUGCACUGAGAGGCUGAGGGGUUUUUUAUAUAUAUAUAUUUUGAUUUUCUCAUUUUUUUGCUUUUGUAAACCGGAACCGUGGCAACUUUUUCAGUAGCGCGGUGCAAGGACCAGCUCCACUCACCCAAGAUGAGCCGCUGGCUGAAAUGCACCUCCAUGCACUUUAACACAGACUGGAACAAGUAUGACGAUCGGCUGAUGAAGGCAGUGGAACGUGGGGAAGUGGACAAGGUUGCUGCCGUUCUCAGUAAGAAGGGCAUCAUCCCCACCAAGCUCGACGUUGAAGGACGCUCUGCGUUUCAUUUGGCUGCAACACGAGGACACAUAGACUGUCUCAAUCUGAUCCUGGGACACAAUGUUGAUGUCACUGCAAGUGAUGCCACCGGUAAAAACGCCCUUCAUCUGGCUUCAAGAAAUGGACAUUCUCUGUGUGUGCAGAAACUCCUGCAGCACAACUGUCCUGUUGGAAACGUGGACCUACAAGGAAGAACCGCUCUACAUGAUGCUGUCAUGGCGGGCUGCUCCUCCAGUGUGAAGCUGCUCUGUGACAGCGGCGCUUCUGUGAACAUCACUGAUUUUGAUGGCAGGACACCUCUGGUGCUGGCAACCCAGAUGUGUCAUCCACGUAUUUGUCAGCUGCUGCUGGAGCGAGGGGCUGAUAUCACUGUCCGGGACAAACAAAACAAAACAGCGCUGAUUCUGGGCUGUGAGUAUGGCUGCAAGGAUGCAGUGGAGGUGUUGCUGAAGAGUGGCGCUGAUGUGAAGGCAACUGAUGGCUUGGGUCACGAUGCGUUUCACUACGCUCGCUUCAGCAAGAACCCUGAGCUCGUUGCCAUUGUCAAAAGUUACCUCGACAAAGCCACCAGAGAUAAAGAGGCUGCAAAGAUCGAACAGUGGAAGCGGCAGCAUUCAGUGGAGAGAGUGGAGGCAGCUGAGGCUAACAGAAGGGAUCAGAUCAUACAUGACCUGGAAAGGCAGAAUGAGACCCUUCAGGAAGGCCUCAGGAAAUACCACCAGGAGCAGAAGGCUCUGUUAGAUAAGGUCAACAUGCUCCAGCAACAGCUCACACAGGAAAAACUGGCUGUGGAAAACACUCAGAAAGAGAAGGAGCAGUUGAAGGUGCUACUCAGUGCCAAAGAAAGAGAGGAAGGAGCUCGAGGCCCUGAAACUGUCAAGGUUCAGCUCCGGAGUACUUUGGGGGAGUACUCUGGACAGUCUGUUAUCAAAGGUAAAGAAAACAUUUUGGUGAAACAAGCUCACAGCCUGGAUUCUGAUCAUAUGCUCCAGAAUCCUGCCAUGUCACGUUCACUGUCCAGACCUCUAGAGAAGAGUCAGCCCACGGUAGGCUGGGAUCUCUCUGGUGAACUGGAGGCACUCCGACAUGAACUCGAUGCAGUCAAGAGAAGACAACAGGCAGCAGAGGAGGAGACAGCACGUCUUCAAUCUGCGCUGAACCGGAAAAACCGGGAGUGCCAAGAACUGGUUCAGAGCCGAGACACGAUCCAGAAACAGGCUGAUCAGCAGGUUCAAGAACUUGAGGACGCUUUGGGAGACGUCCAGAAGAGGAUGCUGGAUUCUGAGUGUAAAGUCAAGCAGCUGCAAGCACAUGUAGUUGCUGUCAAGGAACACUUAGGAGGCCAAGCGACUGAAGAACUGCGUGCCCAGCUCCUGGAUGUCAAGGCCAAAUAUGAAGGUGCUUCAGCUGAAGUAGGUCGUGUUCGUAAUCGUCUCAAACAGAGUGAGAAAGCCUUGGAGGAGUACAAGACCAGUGAGAGUGAGCUAGCUGUUGAGACAGAGAGGCUGAACCAGGAAAUGGGAGCUCUGACUGCAGAACGAGAUGAACUCGCAGAAACACUUGUAGAGAUGGAAACCCAGCUGAAAGAGUCGCAGACUAAACAUGGCAACACAGUACCAGCUGAGAAGUUUGACAACAUGAAAAACCUCCUGACUAACGCAGUUGAUGAGAAGGAACGGCAGCUCGCUGAGCUGAGGGAAGACUAUGAUCGAGUGCUAGAGGAGGUGGCAGACCUCCAUCGGAAGCUGGACAGUCCAUCAUCCCAGGGAGGAUCAGGGACAAUGUCUGCCGAGGAGCAGCAGAGGAUACGGGCGGCUCUCGAAGAACAGAACGCUUCCCUGAAAAGGAGGCUGGUGGACGUGACUGCUAAAAGCCAGGCUCUGAUUCAUGAGGUCGAGGAGAGUGAGGAGGAAAGAGAUAUAUUACGAGAGCAGCUGGAUGAGAUCAAUAGCAGGAUUGAGAUAGACUUCAUACCCAUAAAGGACCACGAGGAAGUUCGGACGAACAUGGUAGCAGCUCUGGAGGAGCUUGAAGACAAACUGGUGGAAGCCAGUGAACGUUACGGAAAAGCAGAGGCACAAAUUCAGCAGCUUCAAACCGAGAGAGCCACACUGCAGGGGAAUGUCGGCAGCCUGCACAGUGCUGGUGAGAAACACCAGAGUGAGAUGGACGCUCUGAGGUCUCAAAAUGCUGACCUGAUGAAGAAACUUGAACUUUUGCAGAAGACAUGUGAAAACCGAGAUAAAGAGUGUGUGCAGCUGACUGCACAGAGCCAGACUCUGCAACAGAGCUUAGAGGGACAGUACGUUCCCAGACAGCAGCAUGAGCAAGUGAAGAUGGAGUUAAGUUCCGCCUUGGAGAGUGUUAAAGUUGAGAUGUUGAAAAUGGAGACCAAGGAAAAAGAAAGUGGGGAAGAAUUGAAGAAUGUGAAAGAAGGAAAUGAAAAGUUGAAAGAAAAGUUUGAAGAAGUUCAGUUGGAGAUUAAAAGGGACUAUAUCAGCAUAAAAGAUCACAGAGUUGUCACAGACAAGUUGAAUGCUGCCGUGGUCGAAGCAGAGAACAGAGCAAAUGAAGCGUCAGCAAUGUAUGUGUCGGCUCAGGAGGAAACAGUAAAACUUACUCAAGAACUGGAGGCCCAGAGGAAAGAACUUGAUACCAUACAGGAGGCUAUUCAAUCCAAGUUUGUCCCACUGACAGCAGCUGAGGAGAAAGAAACCUCUUACAGUGCCCAGGUGAAGGAGCUGACAGUCAAACUGUUGGAGAUGGAGGAGAAGUAUAACAAAGAAAAGUCUGCCAGAGAGAGCAGCACACAGGAGAAAGAGAAACUAAAAGUUGAGAUCGAAUCUGUUCAGCAGAAACUGGACACUGCUCUGGAUACCAAUGGAAAGCACAAAGAAGUGGAGGCAGAGUUCAGUGCUAAAUAUGAGGAGUUAAACCAGACGUUGGUCAGCUUAGAGCAGGAGCACAAACAGGUAACACUUCAGAAAGCUGAACUUCAUGACCAGAAUGCCCUCUGCAACACUCAGAUCCAGAAUCUCCAGGAGCGUCUGAAAUCAGAGUUGACUCGGAUAGCAACAUAUGACUCAGAGCUGAAAGCCCUCCAUGAUGCCAUGCAGCAAGCCCAGUCCGACUGCAAGAGAGCCAGAGAGGCUCAACAGGAGGAAACCCAGAAGGUUUGUGCCUUACAGAAAGAACUUCAGGAACGCCGCGGGGAUCAUGCUUCUCUGCUGCAACAACACACCAAGGCCAAGGAAGCCCUGGAGGCUGAAGUCGCAAAGCUUCGAGUGGCUCUUCGUGAAGAGGAGGAGAACGACGCCCAGCGGGCUGAAGACGUAUCUGCUCUGCAGUCUGAGCUCCUUCAAGCCACGCAGGCUCUCGAAGAGAUUCGCUACAAGGAAGACCAAAUGAACCAGCUGAAGAAGGAUAAGCAGCAGCUGGAGGAGGAGGCUGCCAACAUGAGCAACAAGCUACUGAGCUUAGCAGAGGAGUGUGAAGAGGCGCAUCAGGAGGUAACGCGAGCAAGAGAGGGCGAGAGCAGAGCCAGGACAGAGAUGGAGGCGGUCCAGGAGAAGGGACGAGCCAUUGAAAGGGAAAUUAGAGAGCUGAAGGAGAGGUAUGACGAAUCACUCAGCACCAUCCGUGAUCUCCAGAGAAGGAUUCAGACAUCAGCCCAACAGACUGAAACCAAAGACAAGAAGAUCACAGAGCUGCUCACAGACGUUGAGCGAUUGAAGCAGGCGCUGAAUGGUCUGUCCCAGCUGGCAUAUACAAGCAACACACCCAAUAAGAGACAGACGCAGCACAUUGACACACUCCAAGCCCAGAUCAAGAGCCUACAGCAACAGCUGGCUGAUGCUGAGAGGCAACACAGAGAGGUGGUUUCAAUUUAUCGAACUCAUCUUCUCAGUGCAGCCCAGGGCCACAUGGAUGAGGACGUCCAGGCCGCCUUACUACAGAUCAUCCGCAUGAGACAAGAGUUUGUGUGCUAAAGCUUCAAAACACCAUGCUACCUGCUGACUCAAAUUCACCGUUUUCACAUCCCCCUCUGUAAAGUGUCCCCGCUGUGGCCCCUGUGGGUGCCCGGUGUGACAAAUUUCUCCAAACAGCCUGUUCUGAAAUCCAUUUUUGUUGUAGUAAUGCUGCACUUUGAUUCCCAAAUAUCUUAAAUCUGUGUGCUGUGCUUACAGGUGAAUAACUGCAGCAUUUGUAGGUACAAAUGUGUUAUUUCAACUUUAGUAGAAACACAGGAAAAAAAGCUCUAUUUGCAUCUAAAUGCUUAUGAAUCACUGUAAACCAAUGAUCUGCAUCAAACUGACCAGCGAAAAGUUAAUCAGCUGCUAUUACUCUAAUAAUUUGUACAUUUCAGUUCAGUCUUUUAUAAAUGAUGCAAAUUGAUGCAUUUCAUGCAGCUUUAACUCAUUAUAUUCAGUAACGUGGAAGUUAUUUGAAAUGUGGGUCCCUUUCAUACACAAAGACCACUUUUCACAUUCCCUCCUGACAGUCAGCUCUCAUGCAGAAUGUUUCCGCUGUUAGCAACAGUGUUUGUUUGAAUUUAAAGGGCAGGUUCACAUGUUUCUAAGUCAGAUGGCAGUUUUUUCAUUGAAAGAGUUACUGGAAGCUGUAAUGAUUCCUCUGGCUCGUACUGCUUUUUCAGUGUGAUGCAGUUAAAUUCACAAAGACACACACAGUCGGAAUUCAUACACAUAAAAUCAAUCUGAAAGUACUAAUAUGAAACGUGCAAGUGCCCAGUCUGGAGCUGGCCAGCAAUAUCCAACACCACAAAUCUGAAAUUAGAUAAAGCACUUGCAGUAAAAUGAAUGAAAUGUCAACAUUUUCCAAAGGAGUUUAGUUUAUUUUGGAAGUAGAGAUGCAGUGGAGUCUUUUUGACAUGGAAAUCUGUAUUUCUUUGUGAAAAAAAUUUAAAUAAAUGUAAAAAAUGAAUUCACCAUUUUACUCUGAAAUACGCUCUGUGGUUUUCCCUGAGCUGGAGGGAAGACACUCUAACAAAAAAGUUACGUUUGUAGUAAAAUUGCUGUAAGUUUAGAAGAAAGUUUAGGUACAUCUGAUUGCUGGAAGCCUCAUAUUGAACCUAGAGUUAAUUUUUGACUGAGGACUUCAUCCUCCAUCUCUUACAUCAAAGUAACAUUUGACAGGGAUCUUUUCGGAGCCAGUACAGACAGAAGGAAUGAUCACAGCUACCAAUACAUCCAUGAGUAUACAUAAGGAUUUGUGAAUAUAGUAUUCAGUCAAAAAAAUGUGAACCUGUGCUUUACCCUCGCUCAUGUCAGACUCAUUUAUCGUCUUCUGAGGUCCAAACUAGUCAGAUACCAAAGACCUGAAAUAGAUCCAAAUCUAAAAACCACUUGCCAUUUUUGUAGUAGACGGUUUGCGGUAGGUUUGGGAGAGUGUUCAGCUGUGUGUCUCGCACAGUGGUCAUGCUGGAUUUGAGUCACGGGGCUGUGGAGUGGAGCUAUCUUGCUGUGUCCUACAGUUUGCAGUGGCACGUCGUCUUUUUGUUGAAACCAGAGUGUCCUCUAGUGGUGAGACUUGGCAGGCCAAGUUGAUAGAAAUUGUAAUAAUCACUGCGGCUCAGAGGUAGACAGCUGUUGUUUUUGGAAGCUGUAAUAUCUGCACAGGGUAGAGAAAUUUAUCACAAAGCUUACAGAUAAUUGUGAGAAUAUGAAAUGUGAAUGUGAAACUGACAGAGCUUCAUCUGCUAGCACCUGUUGCUUUGCAGUCCUACGUUUAAACCAGACCCCCUUUUUAAAACCAGCUAAAGCUUGACUUCAUGUAAUUUCUGCAGCAGUGAACUGUGCAGCUCUCUUGCAGCGAUAGGUGCGUACCUCUGAGCCGACUCUUUGUGACUCCUGACGGUGUAGUGUAGUGGUGUUGUGAUUGUUGAGCGAGUCUCUUGUGCCUUUACACUGAUAUAUUUUUCAUAGCUUUGUACUACUUUAAUUACUGUCCUACAGUGUGACAUUUCUGAUAUUCAGCAGGUCUGGACGUAGAACGGCACAAAACAUGUUCAGGGUAACUUUUACUGUAGGAUGUCAUUUCAUAAGAAUACAGCAGAUCCCUUUAUUUAUGUGGAUAAAUUAGCCCGUUAACGGUUAGUUAUUUGAAGCACUCCUAUCUUUACUGCUCAGCUAACACUCUUUAAUAAGUAACAUUUCUUGCUCUGUUUUUAUACUUUGGCCAAAAACUCUAAUUACACCCACCAUAGUUUAAAAAAAUGACACCUCUUGCAUUUUGCUCUGCAGAUGUUAAGGAUUAACACUAUUUUUAUGGGAUAUUUCUCAACGUCUUCCCUCUACUGUUAACAGACUAUAAACUGAAUCCAGUUAAAUCUAUAAAUAAAUGUACUGUUUAACAAAUCUGUUUAAACUGGAUGUGUUCUCUGACAAUAUUUGUGUUUGUUAAUCAAUCAUACAAAGUCAAUAAAAGUGCCUAACAUAGAAAACUA